AAAAAAAAGAGGUUAUGAAAGAAAAUGUCAAAACAAAAUAACAAGUCAAUUUCAUAAUAUUAUAAUCAGAAUUUUUUUAAAAUUCGAGAAUAUAGGGUGUAGAUUGAAAGGGGUCACUGCUUAAACAGGCUGUGAUUAGGGGAUCAUCAGGCAUCACUUUAAAUGAUUGAGGUAUCAGCGAGACUUCAUCACGGACACGUUUUCUUAUCUGGAGAAGUAGUAGAAUGUAGUGUCACAUUUUUCCAUCCACCUUCUCCCAACCACAUCCUAUCUCAAAGCUUUGCUGAUGUAUUUGAAAGCUUAGCCUGGGCUUCUGCUCAGAUACAUUGUCAGUGUUUCACAGGAAGUAGAGAAAACAAAGAAGAUAGAUCUGGUCUAUCAACAUAUGCUGAUACUGCACUUGGGGCUACCACCCAAGAAAAUGGAAAAAUCGAGAUUGCUACACGGCCAAAAAUACUGUUUUGUGAUCUCAGAUUAUCACCUGGGCAGUCAAAAACAUUUAUUUACAGAGAAAAAAUUCCUAGUGAUUCACCCCCUUCUUAUAGAGGGCAGCUGGUGAAGUAUUCUUAUAAAAUAACUAUAGGAACACAAAGGGUCAAUAGUCCUGUAAAAUUAUUGAGAGUUCCAAUAAGAGUGUUGCCAUUAGGAGAGGCACUCAUGAGUGAAGCUGUUGCUCUUUGCAAUGAAACAACAGAAGAAUUAACUCCAGCUAAUCCUUUCCUUGAGAUAAGGCAAAAGGAAAAACCACUUGAUCUAGCUCUUCAAAGUUUACAAAAUAUAACUGCUAGACGUAAUCCCAAUUUUUACAUGAUAACAAAUGUAUUUGGAAAAGUCACUAGAUUCUGCCUAUUUAAACCAGCUUAUAGGCUAGGUGAAGACAUAAUAGGAACCUUUGAUUUUACUGUUGCAACAGUCAACUGUGUGCAAGUAUCUGUGUCUCUGCAAUGUGUGGAGGAAACUUUGGUCAAAGUGAAUAAGGACAGUGAUAAGCAGGUCAAGAUCAGUACUUUCAGUAACCACCAUGAAGUUUGUUUAGGUUAUAAGUACACACAGUUGAUCUUGCCAAUACCUCUCCAUGUUACACCUGCUUUCACUACCAAUUUAGUGAGUUUGAAUUGGAGGUUACAUUUUGAAUUUGUUACAACUACUCACAAGGGCUUAAACCCACCAUCACCUGAGGAUACCAAUUGGCAAGCACCCUCAGAAAUUCCCAUAGAAACCAUGGUGUGGAGCUUACCUAUAAGGUUGUAUUCUACUAAUCCUAUUCAUGUAGCACAAGGAGUGCAUGCAAAUAGCAGACAUAAGCUGAUUAUUAGGUAAUAACAGUGAUAAUAAUGACUCAGGUUUAUUAUUUUACAAUGACAGUGAAUUUGUUGAUGUCCUAAUGAAUAUAUAGUGAAGGUAGAAAGUAGCAUAGAAGUCUACUAGGCAUUUUCUAUUGAGUUUUGUAGCUAUAGCUAUCACAAAAUGACAUUGAACAUAUAUUUAUUUUUAUCAUUCACUUUUUAUAAGGUAUAGGUUUUUUGAUGUAUCCAGAAUGUAGGUACUUAUUUUUAUGUAUUUGUAAUAUAUAAUUUAUAAUC